CCUUUCGUACACCCCUCGCCACCGGUAUUUCGUCUCAGGUUGCAGAAUCCGGCGCUGCUACAAUUCCACACGCCUGGCUCGUUGACCCCUUCUCGAAUCGAGUUCUUGUUGCGUUCAUUUUUACCUGCUCUCUUGGUCGCUUGACUCCUCUGCAAACUCCCUGCCCGUUCCUUGGGGUUCGGUCGGCUGCUAUGGCCAAGCGGCGGAGUAGAUUCGGUUAUGCUAGGUUCGGCUGCUUCGGGGGCCAAGCUCGGGCGGAGAAGAUGGCAGAGGAUGGGUACCCGGUGAAGCUGCACGUCUACGAUCUCAGCCAGGGGAUGGCGCGGCAGCUCUCGGCGACGAUGCUUGGCAAGGUCAUCGAGGCGAUUUGGCACACCGGCAUAGUCGUCUACGGGAGGGAGUACUACUUCGGCGGCGGCAUCCAGCAGGGCCAGCCCGGUCGGACGCCGUACGGGACGCCCGUCCGGGUGGAGGACCUCGGCGUCACCCACGUCCCCAGGGAGGUGUUCGAGGACUUCCUCCGGGAGAUCGGCCCGCGCUACACCCCGGCGACCUACAACCUCCUCAGCCACAACUGCAACAACUUCAGCAACGAGGCCGCGCAGUUCCUCGCCGGCGCUGCGGUCCCCAGCUACAUCCUCGAGCUGCCGAACGAAGUGAUGAACAGCCCGGUCGGCGCACUGAUAUUGCCGAUGAUCCAGGGGCUGGAGACGAGCUUGCGAGCUGGGGCCGUGCCGCAGCCGCCUCAGUUCAGGCCGGCUCUCGCCGCUGCCACCGUGACGCGGCCGGCGUCGGACGAAGUCGCGGCGAGAUCUACCGACGCCGGUAAACCGGAGGCAAACAAGACGGUGGGCAAUGGCAGCACGGUUCCACCCGCGGUGCAGCCUGCAGCAGCACCGGCAGCUGCUCAGGUGAGCACGGCGCCAGCGGCGGCGGCCCCGGAUCCCCUCGUGGACGCGAAGAGCCGGGUGCAGGAGGAGAUAAAGCGGGAGUUCGCGGCCAUCAUGGCGACCGGCACGGCGCGGGCCGGCGAGGCGGCCGCCCUGGCCAUGCGGCGGGUCAUGGAGCGGCACGGCCUGCAGCGCGCUGCCACUGCCAGUGCCAUGCAGCGAGGGUAGCGCGGAUUCGGAUCAAGGGCGCACUCUAUCAUAUACAGAAUGGAUCACGGUGUAGUUCCAUUGCGUCGCACUUGUCUGAUUGCAUGUUUCCAAAUCCCAACACACACGGUUGUAAAACUGUGGAUGAUCAGGCGGCGUGUUCGUCUCGGAAUUAUCGAGGUAGUGCGUGUUUCUGUUCCUGCUGAAAUAGUUGGUGGCAGAAGAAUCAGGUGCUGCGGAUGGUGUUGGCGAAAGCAUAUCGUUCAUAGAUCCUAGUGAGUAGUGGCAUCCUAACAUCAGCAUUGCUCCUAACUCCGUUACAACACAGUUGCACGCGUCCAUUGAUGUGUGCAGACAGUGACGGAUGCAGAGUAGUUAGGUAAAAGAUGCUCAUACACAUCUCUGCCUGAUCUUUUUCUUUUUUCUCUCCUAUGGUAAAAAAUAUGGCUGCGAAGAAACAAACCCAGCCCCCUAAAAAAAAUCAAGUUUUUUUCUCGAAAA